AUGGUUAAUAACAUUUACAAUGGUUAUUGUUGGAAUUGCGGAGAUCAUUGUCAAUCAUGCAACCUUGAUUAUGGGUGCGAGACUUGCUUACCUGCUGGCUAGAGUUAAGGCUAUGUUAACGCUCUCUAUGAUUACUCUGGAAAGAGUUUUUUAGAAUGCACAAGGUGCUCUAAUUCUUAAUGGUGCACUGAAUGUCUCUCCUCAAAUGUGAAUACUUGCACCAACUGCCUUUCAACAUUCAAAGACUAUAGUACUCCUGCUAAUGGAAACACAUUCAGUUGCACAGCAAGGAGUGCAACGAGUAUCUUAGAAAACUGUGCUACUGCAGUGUCUGACUUAACUUUUGCACAAAAUGCUCUGUAUCUAAUUGCUACUAAUGUUCAUCAUCCCAUACAGACUGUACCUUAUGCUAAUAAGGAUACAUUCCUAAUAGUGGAGGUGCUUGUCAAGACUGUAACUUCAACACUAGAGUCUACCGUUAAUGUGCAAAUUGCUAGCAAUCGGGUUCCUAGAUAUCAACAGAUGAUUGCAUAGCUUGUAGUAAUGGAUACAGACACAACAAUGACUGUAUCUCAGUAUGCCCAAUUGGAUAUUAUGGAGUAAAAGUUUUUUCAACAAGAGGAAUACUUUCAUACAUGUGAUGGAUCCUGCAAAGAAUGCAUGGAUGGAACUUCAAAUGGAUGCACAAAAUGUUACUCUGGAACAUAUCUAUCAAAAAGUGACAGAACCAAGUCUUAUGGAUAAUGUCUUUCGAAAACUCUCUAAUCAUCAACUUAAACAAUCUAUGUAGCUGCUCCCACAACAAAUACGUUUGAUCCUACUACUCAAACAGGCACUAUUGGAAAUCCAUUUAAUGAUAUCCAGGAUGCAGUAAUGAGAAUGUACGAACUUUGUGCUAAUGUCUAAAAAACAUGCGUUGUAACUAUCUAUCUCAUGAAUGGUGACCACUAUCUUCUGAGAAGAUACCGUAACUCGUAUAGACCACUUUUAUAUGACAGCCAUCAACAGAAUAUGGUUUUGACUAUUCAGCCAUUGUUUUGCUCUAUAAGCUCUCACGCUAGUUGUGUCACAGAUGGUGAUUAAAUAACCAUAUACAACAAGAUAAGAGAAAGAUUUCAACUGAUAGUUAGCGGAGGAUUAACCAUGAAAAACAUCAUAAUAAACAGCUUGGAUUCUAUAGUUGACUAUAGCACCAGUGACUCGUGUCUUUCUGGUUUAUACUCAUGCUGCUUAUACGAUUCUAGCACAGAAGAAAUAACAGCUUACAAUGGAGCAAGCAACUCAAAUAUUUGUAAUUCAACUAAGAUGUAUAUGUAAGUAUUACUCUUAACUUAAAAAUAAGGACUGAGCAAUGUAACAUAGCAGAUGGAACCUAUUUCAUCAAAUUUGACCUUUCAAGGAGUUCAGUGCUUGAUACUUAACCCACUUUGCUAAUUGAAGAACUUUGUAUCUCAAGUACAAUUAUUAGAUAAGAUCAAAUUCUCUUUAAUAUUCAGUUUAUCAAAGAAUGUACUAAGAAGAAAACCUUGCUUAAUCUUGCACAAAGGGCCAAUUUUGAUUAAGAAUAACUUGUUUGAAAUGAAUAAAAUAGCUUUCAAAGAUGGGUGUGAUAUUAUGAAAGACUUUUAUUAAAAUGCUAAUAAAACAUAUCAAGCUGACUCUGAUAUUUAUCCAAUAUUUUCUGAUACUAUUUAUUCAACAAAAAGAUAAUAUCUUCAAUUAAAGAACCUUAUAACAAUUAGAAAACAACAAAAUAAGAUCGAAAUAAUAGAAAAUUCAAUCUCAGCUAACUUUGUAAUAAAAGGAGCUAUUUACAUUGAAGGAGAUGAUGAAAAUCCAAAUUAUUCUACUCAAACUAUCCUAAUAAAGAACAAUUACUUUUUAAGAGUGAUGUCAUUUUAUAGUACAUCUGCCAUUCACAUAAGAAGGUAUGAUCCAAACUAUGCAACUUAUACAAUUGCUUCAAAUUAUGUCCCAUGUGGUGGUGUGCUGAUUAAAGAUCCUAUUAAUGCUUCAUCAAGCUAACCGGAUGAUAAUGCUGAAAUUUAUAGAUUUGAUGAUAAACCUUCUACUCUAGAUAGCGAUGAACCAGAGGUUAAUGAUAUUGAACUUAAUUCAAACAUUUACAGCACUAAUUUUGGUGGAGGAGGAGAGGACUAAGAUGAAAAGGUAGUUUAUUUAAAAUCAAAUGGCCCAUCAAAUUAAUAUCUUGAUUACUUUAGUUUGGAUGCUUUUAAUUAUGGAUACUUAAUUAAUGAUAUUUCAAAUAGAUUUUUAGGAAUGAUUUAUGUAGAGCAUUCCUAUUUCAUGAUAAUUCGAACUACAACAUUUAGUAAUAAUUUUGUGUUUGAUGCUUUUUAUGCCAAUGAUUAAGGCUCAAUACUAACGCUUGAUAAUUACUUUGGCUAUUUUGAAAUUGUUGAGUCAAGUAUUUCUGAAUAAUAAGUAGAAAUAUUAGAAUAUGAUUUUUAAGAUUAUCUAUACACUUAUGGGUCUAAGGUACCACUAAUUGGGUUUAGGGAUGAUCAAAGAUUAACAGGAGUUAUGAUGUUCAACACUACAUUUUAUAAUAUAGUAUUUGAAAAUUGGUCUUAAAGUUAAUUAGGAAUGAUCAUUUAAAGUCUCAUGGACUUUAGAAAUAUUAAUGAUUUGGUCUUCUAUAAUUUUUAUGAUGGGCAUUAUCCACAAUUAUUUCAACUUUAGAUCCAUGGAGAUAGCGAUCCAGGAACUUUCGAUCUACGUUUUUAGGAUGCUUUUAUAGAAAAUUUGAGUGGAAAUUAUGGUGGAUUAUUUAACCUAUCUCUGGUUAAUCCUGAAGUAAAAUUGAUUCUAAGCAAUGUAUAAGUUAUUGAUACAUAAACAAACGAUGGUGGUUUAAUUAAUGUCAUUAAUGGAAAUAAUGGUAUAAUAUAGAUUGAAGAUUCACAUUUUGAAAAUACUCAAUAAGAAUCUGGAUAAGGUGGUAUAAUUACAGUUAAUCUUGGAUGGGACAAAAAAUUAAGCAGGGAAAAUAGUCUAUCCAAAGUAAUAGUAUUGAGAACAACUUUCAUUGACAAUUAUAAUAAAGACAUUUAUCAGUAAACGAAUGACGAUGGCCUUGAAUUAAAAGGUUACUUAGAUACAUUUUAUACAAAAACAGGCUAUCUCAUGUUCAUUAACUAAGAUUAUCCUAUUAGUCUAGAAAUAUAUAACAGCAUCAUUACUUAAGCAGAUAUAGAUGAAGAAUUGAGUGUGACAAACAUAUAUUUGCUUGAUCAAACAAAUUAAGUCCUAAAUAAACCCACACAAUAUGUUAAUUAUGGUACAGCUUUUGUAAUAAUAUCUUAAACAGGUGAGGCAUCUGUAAAAUCUGAUGAAAACUUAUAUUAAGGCUGCAAAUAUGGUCUUUAUGGUUCAAUUUUCUAUAUUGAGUCUUCCAAUUCGUCAUUUUUGGAUUAACAUUCUAUCUAUUCAAACAAUGAGGGCAUUUAUGGAGGAGUAAUGUAUUGCUACAAUUGUUAUCAAAUAACAAACUCUGGAAAUACUAUUGAAAAUACUAUUGGAUAUUACGGUGGAGCUAUUUAUCUAGAAUAUGCGAAAAGUGGUAAAACUUUGUAACUUGUUUUCUAAGAUGUCAUAGCAGUGUCAACUUUUUCAAUUGAUAACGGUGGAUUUUUAUACUAUAGUGGGGAAGAUAUUCAUCUAAAUUUGAUAAUAAAAAACAGUAGUUUUUAAGACAUGACCUCAUCAUUAAAUAAGCUAGAAAGAUACGGAGGUUUUAUUCAAGUGGGAGUCUCAUAAAAUGUUGUCUUCAAUAUCCAUGAUUCGACAUUUUAAAAUGUUUAUGGGUACUUAGGAGGAACAAUUAUGUAUUUUCUUUCCAAGACAGGCUCAAUUCAAGGAACAUUCAAAAAUAAUAUAGUCUAAUGCAAUACAGAUGAUGAAGAAAAAAGAGACGAAACGAGAGAAUUGUUUAUGGACUUCAGAAGUAAUUAUCCUGUUUACAAAUAUUAUCAUGCAUUCUAAUAUUUAGGAGCAAACAGUUCCUUGGUUAAUUCAUUAAACAACACUAUUUAUGAUUGCUACCCAGACUUUAAAAAUGCUAAAGAGGAUUCAGAUUCAUCUGCUUAGCAAGGAGGAGUUUACUUCCUAAAUGAAUAAGUUAAACUUUAUGAUUUUAAUACCACGUAUGAACGAAAUGGAGCAAUGAGAGGAGCUAUAUACUACUGUGAUGGUUGCUCAAUUGAGGCAGAAAAUAAUACCUAUAAUGAAACAUAUUGCUAUUAAGGAUGUAUAGUUUAUCAAGAUUAAACUAAAACAAAUACUUAAAUAACUUUUGAAAAUUGCUAAUUUUCAGAUACUUUGGUAAAAUACAGCGGUGGUUUAGCAAAAUUUGAUAUUAAUACAGCAGUUUAAGGAGUUCAAUUAAUAAUAAGAAACUCGGAGUGGGAUAUGAUUAUGGAAGAUGUUAAGCUUUAUCUAAAAUCUUCUAUUGACAUUGAAGACAAUAUUGAAGAAGUUGUUAAAUUUGAGAAUGUUUACUUAGGAUUUACUAUAAACUCAGCAACAAACGCUCUAAUAAAUAAUAAUUAUUUCGAAGGUAAUGAAAAAGGUUAUGGUGAACAUAUACUACAUACAAUUGCCAAUGAAGAUUCAAUCUAUUCAUUUGAAGGAUUUUUUAGAAUUCUAAAUACAGAUAAUGUGACCAUGGCAGACAAUAUUUUUUACAGUAUCUUUGUCACUAAUCUAGGAACAUUGUAUGUUGAUACAGUUUAAAACUUCAGUGUUUUCAAUACAAGUUUUUCGUCAUGCUCUUCAUUAAAUGGUGGUGGAAUGAUAAUUCAAAAUACAUUUGGAAAUUUAACUUAGGUUACAUUUUACGAUGAUAAUGCCUAAUAUGGAGCAGCUUUUCAAAUGCUAGAUGAAUCUCAAAUUUUUGUAACAGACUCUAUUUUCGAUUAUAAUUGGGCAUUUUAAGAAGGAGGAGCUGUAAUGGUAAAGAGAGCAGUUCCUACCUAUACAAUAGAUACAAAGUUAAUAAUGAGAAAUUGCAUAUUCAAUAGAUCAAGAUCAGUUACCUAAGGUGGUGCAUUUAGAAUUGAAGAUAAAUAUCUGAUCUUUGAUAUUUCAAAUUCAGUCUUUUAAGAUAUUUACGCAGAAUCUAUUGAUGGAUACUCCUCAGAAAAUUCUUUAUCAACAUAUGGUGGCAUAAUCUAUGCAGCUUUAUUCAAAAAGAUUCUCAUAAAUGAAUGCACAGUGACAGAUGUUAGAUCUGGAGAAGGAGUUUUCAUUUACUCUAUAAGCUAAGAAGAUGUUAUAAAUAUCACUAAUAGCAUUUUUAAGUGCUCCUCUGACAAAUUAGAUGAAUUCGAGAUAAAAUAGUUUGUUAGUAAUGGUGAGAAUGAUUAUGACGGUGGUUUUUCCAUCUUUUACGGAAAAGUAUUAACAGAAAAUAAUAUCUAUAGUAACUGCCAUAAAUCAUAUAGUGGAGCACUUUUUAAGUUAUAAGAGUCUUAGCUUAUCGACAAAUCAUCAAGAUAUUUAUCUAAUUCUGCUUUCUAUGGAGCAGCUAUCUAAGCUUCAGGCAAUGCUGCUAAGAUAUAAAUAGAAAGUUCUAUUUUCUCAGAAAACUACGCAUACAAUGGAGGUGCUAUAAAAUUAGAGAAUUAUGCAUCAAUUUCUGUUGUUGACUGUCUUUUCUAAGAUAAUUAUGCUAAGAAUAGUGGAGGAGUAUUUCUAAUAUAAUCAGGCUCUAUUAUUAAUGUAGAAAAUUCUAGAUUUAUAACUAAUUCAGCUACCGAAGCCUCCGUGCUAAGUAUGAUUGACUCUAUUGGAGGAUCGAUGAUCUCUAAUUCUGUGAUGUCGAUGAAUUAGGCUACAAAAGCAACUUUAUCUUUCAUGAAUUCUUAAGAUAUUCAAAUCUACAACACAAUUUUCAAAUAAAAUAAGGCAAAAACUUAUUCGAAGAAUUUGUUUAUGGUUAGCUCAAAAGUUAGCAUGAUUUAAUGUUCUUUCUCUGAUUUAUAUGACAAAAUUUUGCUUUAAAGAAGAGAUGCUGCAAAAUAUAAAAUAAAAGGAGGCUAUGCUUACUUGACAAUGGAUUCUUUCUUGAGUAUUGAUGACUCUGUAUUUUCAUAUGGAUUUGCUUAAUAUGGAGGAGCAAUUUUCGUUUAAGGAAGCCAUAAUGUCAUAGUACCUGAUCAAGGUGGAGCAAUAUUUUGCUAUGAUUGUGGAUAUUUUUGGACAUAUAAAUUAACUAUCAAAGAUGCUAUUGCAAAAUAAGGAGGGGGAAUUUAUCUUUAAGAAACUGAGGCAUUUAAACUUACUUUACCAUAUAAAAAAUAAUAAUAUACUAAAGUAAAUACUUUCCUUAACUUAUUUAUAAAGUUUGAAAGCGGUUAUUUUUAUAAUUGUAAAUCAUCAGUUGGAAAUGGUGGAGCUAUUUUCAUCAAUAACGAAUACUCCAUGAUAGUGACUUCAUCGACUUUCUAAUCAAACUAUGCGACAAUGCGAGGAGCAGGAAUGUAUUUUGAAUGCCAAGAUUCUUUUAACUGCAGUACAACUUUUUCAAGAACAAAUACAUUUGAAAGUAAUUAUGCAAAUCACUCAGGUGGCGCAUAUUUUUGGAAUGAUGUUAAACCAAUAGUGGCAGCUGGGGCAAAAUUUACAUUCAAAAAUAAUAAAGGACUUUUCUAUGGAGAUAACAUCGGUAGCUAUGCAUAAAAGAUAGUUUACUUGGCUGAUAGUGUAUAUGAAUAACAAUUAUAGAGAGCGAAUCCAAAUUACAACUCUACAAAGAGAUAACUAGCUGAUGUUGUUACGUAAGGAUCAAGCUAUGGAGUUUAAAACAGUGCAAAAAGUGGAGGAUAAUUACCCGUAAUGUAUAUGGGACUUGCAGAUGAGGAUGGUCAGAUUGUUGGCACUGAGAAUAGUAAAAAGUUAACAGUAUCAUUAAAAGCUGUUACAAGUAAUUCAUCAAAUGCUCUAAAAUAUGCACCUGCGAUUACAGGAAUCAGCACUUUCUAUUCAGAGUUUGGAGUUUUUAAACUAUCAAAUAUCACAUUUACAGGAUCACCAGGAUACUAAUACGCCUUAUCAUUUGUUUCAGAUGGAAUUGAUAAGAGCAAACCUUAAAAUUAAGAAAAUAUUUAGGAAUAAGCAUAAUCUGCUGCUAGCAGCUCUUCUACAACAGAUAUUUCAAAAGUAGAGUUAGACUACACACUCUCAAUAACACUAAGGGAAUGCGCAAUAGGUGAGAGAUUCACUGAUAAUGGAGGUUGUGAGACCUGCCCUGAAGGAAAAACCUUUUCACUUUCAGCCAUGAAAGAACCAGGUCAAUGUAAAUCUUGUCCUUCAACAAGAGCUGUAUGCUUAGGAGGUUCAAAUAUUGGUCCUAGAUAAGGAUAUUGGAGAAAAAGUAAUGAAUCAACUAACUUUAUUGCUUGCUUCAAUGAAAAAGCUUGCUUAGGCAUGAUUGCACCUGAAUACAAUCCCUAAGGAUCUUGUAUAACAGGAUAUGCAGGUGCUCUUUGUACAGAUUGCCAAGCAGGCUACUCAAGAUCUUCAGCGUUUGAAUGCGGAAAAUGCCCUGAAUAUACUCAAAAUUUUUUCAGAAUAAUCUUUAUUGGUAUUGGAAUGGCUAUUGUGGUAGUAUUCAUGAUUAGAAGUACUUUGAAGGGAGCUGGAGAUCUGAAGAGUAUAACCAGUGUAUUUUAGAAAAUUCUGUUGAAUCAUAUUCAAGUUAUUGCACUCACAGCGUCUUUUGACUUUAGCUGGCCACAAAUUAUCAUUGAGUAUUUCGAAGCUAACGAAACUGUUGGAGAAGCAUCAAACUAGAUAUUUUCAGUAGAUUGUUUCUUAAAUAGUGAUCAAGGUUAUGGCACACAAUAAAAUUAAAGAGACUAAAAGGGGUAGUAAAGCUUCCCAAUAAGAAUUUACUUCUUUAAACUACUCCUAUUUGCCUUGCUUCCAUUCCUUUUAGUUACUAUUUGCUACAUAGUUUGGGUAAUCAUUUUGAGAAAAGAGCCUGAUAAGGAAAUAUUGCUAAAUAAAUCAACUUCAUCUGUUGUCAUUUUACUCUUCUUAGUGCAUCCAAAUAUUGUUCAGAUAGUAUUUAAUGCUUUCAAUUGUGUUGACAUUGAUGGAGAAUCAAGAAUGAAAAAUGAUCUUGAAAUUUACUGUUACUAAAAUGAUCAUUCGUUCUUUACCAUAGCGGUAGCCUUACCAGCUUUAAUUGUGUGGGGACUUGGAAUACCUUUGUUUGCACUUAUACUACUAAUUAGAGCAGAGGAUGACCUGUAAAGUAAGAAAAUCAGGGAAAAAUUUGGAUUUUUAUUCAGAGGAUACAAGAAAAAAUUCUUCUAUUGGGAAGUAGUGAUUACAUACAGAAAAAUAUUCCUGAUUUUCAUUCAAGUAUUUAUGGCUUAGUAUGGAUUUGUGACUCAAGCCAUGCUAGUUCUUUUAAUGCUUAUUUUCUUUAUGAGCGUGAAUAUGACGAGGAAGCCUUUCUAAACCACUGCAUUAAACGAAUUAGAAACUCUAUCUUUGAUUACAUCAUUAAUGACUGUGUUUUGUGGCAUCUUUUUCCUAGUUUCAGUUGAAACUGUUGAUAUCACAACUGGUGAAGUUACUGGAAGUGGAUAAGUUGAUCUCAAUGAAUCUAAUAAGCUCCUGCUAUUCUUUGUUAUUCUUUUGUCUAAUAUUGCAUUCUUCGGUUAUUGGAUAAUAAAGUUUUUAGUUGAAUUACAGCAUGUAUUCCUAAAAACCUAGCCUAAGCUAUAUACAUUUUUAUUCUUGUGUGGAGACCAUAAAAAGUAUAACUUAAGAUUAUCGAGAGCAAUGAUGGAGGAGGAGAAUGAAUUAAGAAAAGAAAAAUACACUGAUUAACUUAAGAUUUUAGAAAACUUAGUAGAGACUGGAGAAUUAUAUUUAGACGAAAGCUCUGUUAACAAAGCUGUUAAUUAUUUGAAAAAGGAAAAGGUAUUAUAAGCAGCAGGUAUAAUUUAGGAAACUGAGGAACAAAGGCUUGCUAAGAUGAGGAGACUUAAAAGAAAACUCUAAGACCUUAAGAAUAAUAGAGAGUUCUAAGAUCCUGAGAAAGCUGAGAAGAAAGCAAAAUAUAAGUUAAGCUUGGGUGAUGAGGAUGAAGAAACUGAAAAUGACUAAAGCAGCUAACAUGAUAUGAUUCCAAUUUAAGCAGAAAAUGUAGAUUCUUCAUAAGCUUCGAAUGAAUUAAAGGAAAAGCCAAAAAUUAUGACAUAGAUUGAAAAGCUAGGAUUUUUCGAAGAUGCAAUUAAGAUUAGUGCUGAAAGCUAAUAGUUAUUACAAAUCAGACCAUAAUCCUCCUUAAAGAAAAUUAAGGCCUAAGAUGAUACCAAGCUCCUCAUACCAGUCAAGGCAAAGAAAAGCUAAGCUAUUCCUAAGGAUAAAUAAUUAUUGGAAGAUGAAAAUGACCUGAUACAAAAAUUCUAAUCUGGGUUCGGUUUAUAAAAGUAGGAUUCCCUUGACGAUAUCAUAACCUAAGUUUAUGGUUAGAAUACAGAAAUGAAACUGUCAGGGAUUGUUGGAGAAGUGGCCCAAACAUUUCAAAGGAAAAAUAGAAGGAAAAACCAUAAAAAAGAUAAUCUUGCUGAGUAAUUGCAUGUUGACUUGUUUGAAACAGUUAAUACUCAUGUAUCCACUGAUAGAGGGGAUGAUGACGAAGUUUUGCAUGACUUUAUAAAGAAAGACAUUUCUUAAAAGAUUAAGGAAGGCUUAACUAAAAAAAUUCAUAAACUACAGACCGAAAAUAAGAAGAUUUAGAUGAUCUAGAAAAAGGUUAAUCUAUAUGACAUUACAACUAAAGUAGAUGAGAGCAUGAUAGAGAGACUAAAGGAAACUGAAGUUAAGAAAGAUAAGAAUGGCAAAGAAAGAUACAGAAAGAUUCGUAGUGAUAAUUAAGUACUAGAGAAUCUAGUGGGAGUAAGGUUUGUAAAGUAAAUUUAGCAGAUCACAAAACCUAUCAAAUCUCAAAGUGAGAGGAAAGAUUUGGAUUAAUCAGUUGAAAUUGGUAUUAGUGGUGAUGAUGAAAAUUUGAUUGUUGGUAGAUAGGAAAUAUAUGAAUCUGAAGAAGAAUAAGAGAAUUAUUUUAAUAGAACAAAUCCAGAUAAUUUCAAGAUUAUACCGCUUACACCAGAGGAUUUGGAGGAUUAUUGA